AUGCCCCUGCUGCCCGCCGCGCUCACCAGCAGCAUGCUCUAUUUCCAGAUGGUGAUCAUGGCAGGGACGGUGAUGCUGGCGUACUACUUCGAGUACACCGACACGUUCACCGUGAACGUGCAGGGCUUCUUCUGCCACGACAGCGCCUACCGCAAGCCCUACCCGGGCCCGGAGGACAGCAGCGCCGUGCCCCCCGUGCUCCUCUACUCGCUGGCCGCCGGGGUCCCCGUGCUCGUGAUAAUAGUGGGAGAAACUGCAGUGUUUUGCCUACAACUGGCCACACGGGAUUUUGAAAACCAGGAGAAAACUAUUUUAACUGGAGAUUGUUGCUAUAUAAACCCACUGGUGCGGCGAACUGUACGAUUUCUGGGUAUUUAUGCGUUUGGGCUCUUUGCUACGGAUAUUUUUGUAAACGCUGGGCAGGUGGUCACAGGGAAUCUGGCUCCACAUUUUCUUGCCCUGUGUAAGCCCAACUAUACGGCGCUUGGAUGUCAGCAGUAUACGCAGUUCAUAAGUGGGGAAGAGGCCUGCACGGGCAACCCAGAUCUCAUCAUGAGAGCCAGGAAGACGUUCCCAUCCAAAGAAGCGGCUCUCAGCGUCUAUGCAGCCAUGUAUCUGACAAUGUACAUUACCAACACAAUCAAAGCCAAAGGAACAAGACUUGCUAAGCCCGUUUUAUGUUUGGGCUUAAUGUGUUUGGCCUUUCUUACUGGACUCAACAGAGUAGCAGAAUAUCGAAAUCAUUGGUCAGAUGUGAUAGCAGGCUUUCUGGUUGGAAUAUCUAUAGCAGUAUUUCUGGUUGUGUGUGUGGUAAAUAAUUUCAAAGGAAGACAACCAGAAAAUGAACAUAUACACAUGGAUAAUCUGGCACAGAUGCCAAUGAUCAGCAUUCCUCGAGUAGAAAGUCCCUUGGAAAAGUGGCUUCGCUGGUGCCCAAUUACACGAAGGGUCUCCAUCGUACAGUUAAGAAAACUAAACUCCCACGUAGUUAAGCAAUUUGAGAAAGUCCACAUCAUCGAUAAGCAGCAAAGUUAUACAAUGUGCUAUUUCCAGAUACGUGUAUUUUGUUUAAAACUGAAUAAUAUGUACAAAAUUAGAUCUUUUUUUAACUCAAGAAAUAAUAGAAAGCAACAGAAUUUAGGAAGAGGCAAUAACAGUAAUAGAAAUGGAAGUGAAAAGGAUGAUUAUAAUGUCUUCAGACGCAGGAUUACCAGUUCAAAUGCAGGAGUUACAGACAUUCCUCAGAAACCCAGAUUUUAUCUAGGAUCUGCAUCCGGUCAUCUCUAA